AUGUCCUACCUGCCCGAGUAUGGUCCUCGACGAUCUGCCCGAUUAUCACGUCCUCCUAAUCGGUAUGAUUUUUCCCACACUUCUUUUAAUACUACUUUGUCUUCUAUUUCCAUCCCUACAUGCUUUUCUGAGGCUGUUGAAUAUGAAUAUUGGUGGAAAGUGAUGGAUGAAGAACUUCGGGCUCUCCAGGACAAUCAUACAUGGGAUGUGUAUAAGGCAGGAUUAGUUGCUCUUGGGAAUAGGCAAGAAUAUGGGGUGGACUAUAAGGAGACAUUUGCUCCGGUGGCAAAGAUGACCACAAUGCGUACGGACUUGAUUAGCCUUGCUGGUCUUCAGGAUUCUUCUUCGGUGGAUACUCCUAUGGAGGUUAAUGUGAAAUAUCAAAGUGAGGAGGGUGAUCUUUCUGAUCCUACUGUGUUCCGACAGUUGGUUAGCCAAUUUAUGCAAACUCCACGCCAUCUUCAUUUACCUGUUGUUCGCCGUAUCAUUCGAUAUCUUCGAGGGUCACCUAGCCAUGGGUUGUUCUUUCCAACCAGCUCUCCUCUUCGCCUUUUUGCUUAUAGUGAUGCGGAUUGGGCUGGAUGUCCUGAUACUCGGCAGUCUGUCACAGGCUGGUGCAUGUUUCUUGGUAAUACUUCAAUUGCUUGGAAGAGUAAGAAACAAGCUCGCGUUUCUAAAUCAUCUACUGAAUCCGAAUACCGGGCAAUGUCUACUACUUGUUCUGAGAUUGUCUAG